UAAUUACUUACAAAGAUAAUUAAAUUCAAUCAAACUUUUGUAUUUUUUUUGGAAAAUAAUUUCGCAGGAAAUUGUAGUGGCUGAGAUUUAUCCUUCUCCCCCAAACUGUAGUGUCUUGUGUUUUAGGUCUCUCCAGAAACAAGCAAGCUUUCACUUCAAGCUUUACUUCUUUGCUGCCUUUAAAAUAUAAACCCAUUUUCCGAUGCCGGUUCCGAUCUCUUUAUUUCCGGAAAUUAUGAUUUCUCCAACAAGUCUCUGUUGAACUCUUUUUUUUUGUCUCUCAUGCGUGAUCGUUGCUUCCAGAAUUAUCGUCUUCCAUGGCUAUAACUCAAGGUUUUGGCGUCAACGGUUUCGUUUUGCAGUAUAUAGCUAUCAUCAGCUUUUUCGGAGUUCAGAAACGGCUUUGCUAUUUGUAGUAUUGGAUGUCAAAGGAAAUCAAAGGAGUUUGUUGCUAGUUGCAGAGGAUUUUAAGCAGCGGUAGCGCUGUCCAGGGCCAUUCAAUGGACGCAUACUCAUCUGGCGAACAAGUAAUUAAGACUAGGAAGCCUUAUACUAUUACGAAACAACGUGAACGAUGGACUGAGGAGGAGCAUAACAGGUUCCUAGAGGCCUUGAAGCUCUAUGGACGAGCUUGGCAAAGCAUUGAAGAACACAUAGGAACAAAAACUGCUGUUCAAAUCAGGAGUCAUGCUCAAAAGUUCUUUUCGAAGCUGGAGAAGGAGGCGCUUGCCAAAAGUGUUCCAACCAGUCAAACUCUUGAUAUAGAAAUUCCUCCUCCACGCCCAAAAAGAAAACCAAACAAUCCUUAUCCUCGAAAAACAAGUGCUGCUAUAUCAAUUCAGAUGGGAGCGAAGGAUGGAAAAUCUGAAACUCCAGUAUCUUUUUUGCGUGGCAAACAGGUGUUGGACUUGGAGAAAGAACCACUUCCAGAGAGACCUAAUGGGGAUGAAAAGUCUUCAAAUCUGAAAGAAAAUCAAGAUGAUAGUUGCUCCGAGGUUUUUACCCAUCCCCAUGAAGCAAACCGCUCCUCUGAGUCUUUGGUGAACAAGAAUUUUCUGUCAACAUCAGCAUUGAUAAGAAACUCUUGCCUUUUUAGGCAGUUUGUACCUCCUCUAAAAGAGACAAUUAAUAAUGAUACAAGUAAGCAUUCAGACUUGGAGAAUUCUUGCACUUCAUAUGAGAAACAAGCUCAAGAUAGGAGAAAAGAUGACAUGGAUGAUGCUAUACGUAGAGAUGAGAUGCAGGCCACUCAAAAUUAUCCUCAGCAUGUUGCUGUACAUGUCCUAGAUGAAAGCCAGGGAACAUGUGCUCAAAAUCCUUCCCUGGAUAUGCCUUUCCAGGAUUCCAUAUUUCACCCUAUGGGUGAUGUUCAUGGACAAGCUAACCUGUUUGCAAAUCCGGCUGCGUCCACUACUACUGCACAUCAGCAUAAUGCACCAAGAUCAACUCAUCAGGCGUUUCCAAAUUUUAAUACCCCCUUUAUGCAUCUUCAGCCCAAUCAAGAGGACUAUCCAUCAUUUCUACAUGUCUCCACUUUUUCCGAUCUCAUUGUAUCUACUUUGUUACAGAAUCCAGCUGCUCAUGCUGCUGCAAGCUUUGCAGCUACAUUUUGGCCAUAUACAAAUGUUCAAAAUUAUGCUGAUUCUCUUACUUGUGACCAGGGAGGUUUUCCUUCUAGACAAAUAAACUCUGCUACAAGUAUGGCUGCAAUUGCUGCUGCAACUGUAGCAGCUGCCACUGCAUGGUGGGCUGCCCAUGGACUGCUUUCUGUAUGUGCUCCUCUGCACACUGGCUGUACAUAUGCUCCUGCAUUCGUAGCUGCUGUUCCUCCAAUGGAGAAUGGUCAAGAUCCAGCCGCCAAGAUGGAUGGAAAAAAUAAUGAUGAUCAAGGUCAACAUUCAACAUCAAAAUCUCCUACUUCAUCAUCACCAGAUUGUGAAAAGAGCAGGGAUGCAAAAGUAAAUACUGAAAUGGAAGCUGCUGCAGUAACCGAGCCUCAAGAUGCAAAUAAAACGAAGAACAAAAAACAAGUCGACCGAUCUUCUAGUGGUUCCAAUACACCUUAUUGUAGUGAGAUGGAGAUAGAUGUACUAGAAAAGCACGAGAAAGACAUGGAAGAUUUGGAGGAAGCUGAUGCAAAUCAUCCACAAGUUGAGUGUAAUAAUCGUCGUGGUAGAAGCAGUACCAACCUGAGUGAUUCUUGGAAGGAGGUGUCUGAAGGGGGCCGACUGGCUUUUCAAGCCCUCUUCUCCAGAGAAGUAUUGCCACAAAGCUUUUCUCUCCCACAUGACGGCAAGAACAAGGAGCACCAAAAGGAAAAUGUAGGUGAAGACAAGCAAAAUGCAGAUGAGAACGAUGACGAGACAUCGACUUUUCACCUUACCAGCCAGGCAAGGAGAUCUUGCUCUGACGAUCGAGAAGUUGAGAACAAUGCAUUGCCAAAAGCUAAGAACAUUGUGGAAGAGAGCCUGCUGACAAUCGGGUUAGGAUAUGAAAAGCUUAAGGGACGCCGAACAGGAUUUAAACCAUACAAAAGGUGCUCUCUGGAAGCCAAGGAAAGCAGAAUGAUGAAAAGUGGCAGUCAGGUUGAUGAGAAAGAUCCGAAGAGGAUACGCUUGGAAGGGGAAGCCUCUACUUGACUUAAGCUAAGCGCAUUUAAUUAACAAAUGAAAUUUUCUGUUUGCUGUGUGUAAUUUCUAAUCCCUACAUUUGACCUGCGGUUAACGG